GUCUCCGUCCCACACUCCCUUCCACGCCGCCCCGCUUCCAGUGCACUCCUCCUCCUCUGCUCGCCACUCCGGACACAGCGUCGCCUACUGCGGGCGGGCAUGGCGUCCUUCUUCUCCAGCGUGUGAGUGCUUGGCAAGCUGCCCCCAGUUGCUUGCAGUAAUGCGCCUGCGUGCCCCCGAGCCCCUCAGCGCGGGUCGUUUCAAGGGCCCGGCUGCCUUGUGUUUCACCUUUUGUGUCUCCUCUUCUUGUCGCCAUUCGUCAAGUCUCUCGUCUUUUCCUCUCCUUAUAUAUGCCUUGCGGCGCCGCCUUGCUUUGCUAACGCCUCUAUAUCAGACGCCAAGGAUUGGCCGGCCGCUCAAAUAAGAGUAACCAGCAGGGCAAGGGGAACAGCACGCCCUCACCCACUGCGCAAUCGCCUUACUCCCCAUCUGCGGCUUCUGGCCUGCCUCCGAACAUCCCUCCCAUGCCCCAUUCCCCUGCGCCUUCCUCCGCAAUGUCGUUCGACAGCCAGGGUGCACCCGAGGGUAGCAUGCCGUCCAGCUCGCGCCGGCCGCCCUUCUUCUUCAGGGAGGAGUACUCUGGCCUGAUCGUCAAGGGCAACUUCAUGACCCUCGCCGCGAAACCGAAGCUCGUCGAAGAGGGCGAAUGGCUGGCGCAUCAGGUUGUUGAACAGUACCGCCUGUUGGAGCAGAUGAUUGAGAUCAUCAAGGUCCCUGACGAGAGAACUGGCAAGCCAUGCUGCAACCCGGAUGUCUGCCCGACCAUGUCGGCGAGCGGCCACACCUACACCUGGCUCGACAACAACAAGAAGCCCAUCAAGAUCCCUGCCAUCCAGUACAUCAACCUCGUCCAGAAAUGGAUCGUCGGCAAGAUCAACGACCCCUCCAUCUUCCCCACGGACACCACAUCGGCCGCCUUCUCCAACUCCGCCUCCAACUAUGCUUCUGGCUCUCUAACUCCCAUGUCGACUCCCCAGCCACUUGGGCCCACCAACCUCAACGCCCCGCUCUCCCAGCUCGCAGGCCGCGACUGGCUCGGAAAGUCCUCCGGCUUCCCUGAGACCUUCGAGUCCGACAUCAAGAGCAUCUACCGCCAGAUGAUGCGCUGCUACGCGCACAUUUACCACGGCCACUGGCUCGAUCCCUUCUGGCACGCUGGGGCAUACAAGGAGCUCAAUACAUGCUUUGUCCACUUCAUCAACGUCGGCAAGCUGUUUGGUUUGAUCACCGACAAGGAGAUCGAGCCGAUGCAGCCCCUCGUCGACCUGUGGUUUGCGAAGGGCCUGCUGCCUCCGGCGCCGCAGACACAGACACAGUCUUCACAGCAGGUGAAGGAGAAUGUCUCGAUGGGAGGCACGCCGCAAGCUGCUCCGGCGUAAACUUGUUUGGAUGGAUAGGAACUAGUUGAUGUUGGAAUACGUGCAGCAAACUUUUGUCGACAGGCAAGCCACAGGGGUCUUUUCCCCCUAGAAUACGCCUUAUGGGCUUGUUCUUGUUAUUGCGAACUGCCACUGCUGGGCGUACGAUUGGAGGACAAUAGAAUAUGGAGACCGAUGAAUGCAUGAUAUGGAUGAAUGGAGUGCACGGCGUUUGGGUUACGGGGCCAUAUUUGCAAGCUGGGAAUUGCACGAUGCUAUGCGUGCUAUGACCAAAUAUAAGCAUUCCCUGGAAAGUGUGCCUGGUUAGCUUCCGCCAUGAACAUUUAACCCCUAACAACUUACUAG